AUGGAUUCUCUUUCAUUUGUUGGUUUUUUCUUUGUGAUCUUUUUGAGUUUUAUAUGUUCGUCUCAAGGCUAUAAGUUCUAUGUUGGUGGCAAACAAGGUUGGGUUUUAGAGCCAUCUGAAUCUUAUGAUCACUGGGCUAGAAGAAAUCGCUUUCAAAUCAAUGACACUAUCGUUUUCAAGUACAAGAAAGGGUCAGAUUCAGUUUUGGUGGUCCAUGACAAAGAUGAUUACUUAAAAUGCAACAAAACAAAGCCCAUCCAUCAUUUAAAAGAUGGCCAUUCAAAAUUGAAAUUUACAAGAAAUGGCCGAUUUUAUUUCAUUAGUGGAAAAGACGAUAACUGUGAGAAAGGCCAGAAGGUUCUAGUAGUUGUCAUGUCGCCCAAUCACCACAAUCGCCAUAAAUCUCCAUCUCCGGCGAGUUCUCCGGUGGCCACCCAGACUCCUCCGCCGGAAUCUGUUCCUUCCGUCGUGGCACCGGCACCGGGAUCUGUUUCACCAGUUCCGGCUCCGGCGACGUCGGCGGCUGCAGUGGAUGUUAGUUCAUCAAUUGUUUUGUUUGGGGUUUUUGUUAGUUUGAUUGCGACAGCUAUUUUUCUGUAAUUUGAUUUAAUUAGUCGUGUUAAUUUUGGUUUUAUUUAAUGUGUUUGGGCUACUCUAGCUCUAUAGAUUGUUUUUAAAAAAGUUGUGUUAUGAUAAUUAAGAUCU